UUAGGCCGCGACGCGCUCCCUGCUAGGCGGCGGUGUAGCUGCAGCCGUAGAGUCUGUAGCGUUAGCUUUUGCUGCGGCAGUAGGCGCCGCCAGUAGCGGGCCGACGGAGGGAAGGAGGGGACCCGCUCCUGCCCGGAACCACAGGGUCGGAGUUCCCGCCGCGCUCUCCCGCUGAGCCCCCGCGGCAGCUACGCAGCGCCCUCGCGCUCCAGCUGCCGGGAGAGAAGUUGGGGUCCAACCUGACGCUUAUAGGGCCCAGCCCCGGCGCCGCCCGGAUCCCCGAGGAGCCGACUGCCUGCGCGCCGCCUCUCCGGGGCCACACACCAGGUUUCCAGACACACAGGAUGGCUAAACACUAAUGGGAAGAGAGGCAUAAAAUCUAUCUUCUUCCAUUAUGGAGGCAGGCUUAACAGAUGGAGAACCUGACCAAACUUCGCUUGUUGGUGAUAGCAAAGAUAUCCUGGGGCCAGCAACUGUUGUAGCAAACAGUGACGAAUCUCAGCUUCUUCUGACACCAGGAAAGAUGAGUCAACGCCAAGGCAAAGAAGCUUCUCCAACACCAACUAAAGAUUUGCAUCAGCCAUCUCUCAGUCCAGCAAGUCCUCACAGCCAGGGUUUUGAAAGAGGGAGGGAAGAUAUUUCUCAAAAUAGAGAUGACUCUUCACUUUCUAUGUCAAAGAGCAAGUCUGAAUCUAAACUUUAUAAUGGUUCGGAAAAAGACAGUUCAACUUCAAGUAAGCUCACCAAAAAAGAAUCUCUUAAGGUGCAAAAGAAAAAUUACCGAGAAGAAAAGAAAAGAGCCACGAAGGAGUUGCUCAGUACAAUCACAGAUCCUUCUGUUAUUGUUAUGGCUGACUGGUUAAAGAUUCGAGGUACUCUGAAGAGCUGGACCAAGUUGUGGUGUGUGUUGAAACCUGGGGUAUUACUGAUCUAUAAAACCCAAAAGAAUGGUCAGUGGGUUGGAACUGUUCUGCUGAAUGCCUGUGAAAUCAUUGAACGUCCAUCAAAAAAGGAUGGCUUUUGUUUCAAACUUUUCCACCCUCUGGAGCAGUCUAUUUGGGCAGUGAAGGGUCCAAAAGGUGAAGCAGUUGGAUCUAUCACUCAGCCCUUACCUAGCAGUUAUUUGAUCAUCCGAGCUACUUCAGAAUCAGAUGGAAGGUGCUGGAUGGAUGCUUUGGAGUUGGCUUUGAAGUGUUCUAGUCUUCUUAAACGCACAAUGAUCAGGGAAGGAAAGGAACAUGACCUGAGCAUUUCAUCAGAUAGCACUCAUGUGACUUUGUAUGGUUUAUUACGUGCUAACAAUCUCCACAGUGGUGACAACUUCCAGUUAAAUGACAGUGAAAUUGAACGACAGCAUUUUAAGGACCAAGAUAUGUAUUCUGAUAAAUCUGAUAAAGAAAAUGAUCAAGAACAUGACGAGUCAGACAAUGAGGUGAUGGGGAAAAGUGAAGAAAGUGAUACUGAUACAUCAGAAAGGCAGGAUGACUCAUACAUCGAACCUGAGCCCGUGGAGCCUCUAAAGGGUACCACUUACACAGAGCAGAGCCAUGAAGAACUUGGAGAGGCAGGUGAGGCUUCUCAAACAGAGACCGUGUCUGAAGAGAACAAAAGCCUUAUCUGGACAUUGCUGAAACAAGUUCGUCCAGGAAUGGACUUGUCCAGGGUUGUUCUGCCUACGUUUAUUUUGGAACCUCGUUCUUUCCUGGAUAAACUUUCAGAUUACUACUAUCAUGCAGACUUCCUGUCUGAGGCUGCCCUUGAAGAAAAUCCUUAUUUCCGUUUGAAGAAAGUAGUGAAAUGGUAUUUGUCAGGAUUCUAUAAGAAGCCAAAGGGACUGAAGAAACCUUAUAAUCCUAUACUUGGUGAAACUUUCCGUUGUUUAUGGAUCCAUCCCAGAACAAACAGCAAAACUUUUUAUAUUGCUGAACAGGUGUCUCAUCAUCCACCGAUAUCUGCCUUUUAUGUUAGUAACCGAAAAGAUGGAUUUUGCCUUAGUGGUAGUAUCCUGGCCAAGUCCAAAUUUUAUGGAAACUCAUUGUCUGCAAUAUUAGAAGGAGAAGCACGGUUGACAUUCUUGAAUAGAGGUGAAGACUAUGUAAUGACAAUGCCAUAUGCUCAUUGUAAAGGAAUUCUUUAUGGCACAAUGACACUGGAGCUUGGUGGAAUAGUCAAUAUUACAUGUCAAAAAACUGGAUACAGUGCAAUACUUGAAUUUAAACUAAAGCCAUUUUUAGGGAGUAGUGAUUGUGUUAAUCAAAUAUCGGGGAAACUUAAAUUGGGAAAAGAAGUCCUAGCUACUUUGGAAGGUCAUUGGGAUAGUGAAGUUUAUAUUAAUGACAAAAAGACUGAUAACUCAGAGGUUUUCUGGAACCCAACUCCUGAUAUUAAGCAAUGGAGGUUAAUAAGGCACACUGUAAAAUUUGAAGAGCAAGACGAUUUUGAAUCAGAGAAACUCUGGCAACGAGUAACUCGAGCCAUAAAUGCCAAAGACCAAACUGAAGCUACUCAAGAGAAGUAUGUUUUAGAAGAAGCACAAAGACAAGCUGCCAGAGAUCGGAAAACAAAAAACGAAGAGUGGGCUUGCAAGUUAUUUGAACCAGAUCCAGUCACAGGAGAAUGGCAUUACAAGUUUUCAGAUACUCGACCAUGGGACCCACUUAAUGAUAUGAUACAGUUUGAGAAAGAUGGCAUUAUCCAGACCAAAGUGAAACAUCGUACUCCAAUGGUUAGUGUCCCAAAAAUGAAACAUAAGCCAACCAGACAACAGAAAAAAGUGGCAAAAGGCUAUUCCUCCCCAGAACCAGAUAUCCAGGACUCAUCUGGAAGUGAAGCUCAGUCUAUAAAACCAAGUACACGAAGAAAGAAAGGGAUAGAACUGGGAGACAUUCAGAGUUCCAUCGAAUCUAUAAAACAAACACAGGAAGAAAUUAAAAGGAAUAUUAUAGCUCUUCGAAAUCAUUUAGUUUCAAGCACGCCUGCUGCGGAUUAUUUUCUGCAGCAGAAAGACUACUUCAUCAUUUUCCUCCUGAUUUUACUUCAAGUCACAAUAAACUUCAUGUUUAAGUAGGAGUUCUGCACGGUUGAAUCACUGACCUGGGAAGAUCAGAUUUAGUCUGGGACCAAUAUUCAAGUUGAUUUGGUCUUACUAAAUAUCACAAUAUUUUUCAAACAAAAAUUAAAGAGAUAAAUGUAGUGGUGUCUACCUUUCAUAUCCUUUACCUGAAACAAGAGCUAUUCAAUUUUGUUAAAGUGAGCUAUGUGUGAAGUGCCAGGACAUUUCUAGCUUUUCUGAGAAUGCGUCUACAUGUGAGUAUAAUAAAUUCACAUGUACACACAGUGUCUCUAACGUACUCUUACCUGAUAGUAGUCUUUGUAUUCUAUAGUAUGUUCUAAGAUAGAAUUGUUAGCAUUGUUUGUAACAAAAAUGCAAUCAAUCCUAUAAAUAUAUGUAUAGUAACCUACUUUCAUUAUAAAACAGGCACAAAAUUUUAUGAAGGAAUUACAGACUGGGAAAUGAUGGAAUAAUAGACAUAAACAAUUCAAUACAGUGUACUAUCAAAAUCAUUUCCAAAGUACCCAGCUCGGUUUUCUUUCUUUCUUUUUUUUUUUUUUUUUUUGGUCCUGGGAAUCGAACUCAGGACCUUGCUGAGCUUUAUCCCCAGCCUUUGGUUGUCUUUUUAGAAACAGCAAAAACAAAACAAAACAAAAAAAAUGACAAAUGGUCAAAAUUAAUAUACUGAGACAGGUGGAAAAUUUUUUUAAAGUUUACACAAAAUUUUUGACCUUUAUAAUUUAGUAUUUGUAGAAACAUAUAUAUAUAUAUGUACUUAUGUGUAUAUCAAUACAAAAAUUAUUAUGUAGUACUUGCACCUGUUAAUACCACAUUAAGCACUUACUGAAAAGUGUGGUCAAAAUUAAUUGCUGUCCUUUUUUCUCACUUUAAGUCAGCAUAGGCCAAAUUCUAGAGAUGCUUAUAGGACAUAUAAAAACUGAUACUUCAUAUUUUUUCUUUGUGAAAACUUCUACCAUUGAGUCCCUAAUGUAUUCAAUAAAUAAGUAGAAUAGAAAAUGUUAUAAUCAAUGUGUUACUUCAAAAGCCAAAAGGAGAAUGACAAUAAAAGACACUGGGUGAUGCUCUUUAUGUGUACAUUAAAAUUGCUUCCCUUAAACUGUACAAUGAGUGGAGCACCUAAGAACAUCAAGUUGAAGUUUAUUUAUUAUCCCUGUCUGUUCUUAGAACUUCAUUCUGUGGCAAAACAAUUCUUUAAGAUUCCUUUUCUUCAAGCUAAGGCAAAAUUUCUUCCUACUUAUUUUUUUCAAAUUUUUCAGUUAAAUUUUUGACUUCUUGUUUUCACAUAAAUACAGUUCUUAAAAGCUGAUUUUUCAAAAACUGUUAAGUUUAGGAAUAUGUUGUCCUAAAGUAUAUCUUUGCAUCCUAGAGGUAGAAUUUUGAAAUGAUUUUUAAAAUGAAAAUGAAUAGUAGAGAAUUACUUCAGCUACUUCUGCCAUCUCACAGAAGAGACUGAGAUAACAGUAAAAUUACAGUCAAUUCUUCAUGCCAUGGUAAAUAUAAAGUCAAGGGGUAUUUGCUACAUUGUGAAAGUUGAAAAUAAGAAAAUCUGGUUUUUUUUUCUUACUAUUGCUAUCUUAAAUAUCCUUACGAUUGUAUAAGCACUGUUUCCCAUGUAAGGUUAGCAAAAACAACAGUCUGUAUUCCAUGUGUACAAGUGAAAAUAAUGUUUAUAUGGAUAACAGCAUAAAUAAGAUAUAACUGUAUCCAGUAUUUUCAUGACUAUCUUAGAACAGGUGGAUUUUUGGGUUUAUUUCAUAUUUGUCAAUUUUUUUUGUAUUCAUAUUCUAUUACCAACAGCCUAUUCAUUGGCAUAUUUUGUAAAUAUUGUAUAUUUUGACUUUUUAUAGUUUAAAUUAGUAUUAAUUUAUGUUAUAUAUAGCUUGAUUGGCUGAUUACAAAAAUUAUUUCAUUUCUAAACCCUAAAAAUAGUUUUUCUAGUUAACCUGCUUUAGGGUUUUGGUAUUAUCCACUUGUAUGCUUUCUUUUGGUCUGAAUGGUGUUUCAUUUGUAUGGAUCUCUUCUAAGGCUGGAAAGAUAUUUCCUUUAUUUUUUAGAUUUCUUUGUAGGGUACAUGUUAUAGGUUUUUAGCCAGAAGUCAAAAAAUAAAGAGCAGGGUUAUUUAUAACUUUAUCCUACACUGAAAGCAUAUAGCUAAUCUAAUAAUCUUCUUAUGCUUUUAGUUAUAUAAGUUCCUAUGAACUGAACAUAAAACUCAGGAAUUGGUGGCUUUAGAUCAGAGCUUGUAUUAAUUUCAGUAUGUGAAUCUAAAACACAUAAACUUGUAUUUAGUCAUAAGUUUUUUACUUUGAAAGUUCCCUACUUGAGAGUAAUCUUCCUUCACACAUUGGUAAUGUGAUCUACAAUUUCCAACUAUCUCAGAUCCUCAUGAUGGUUUAUAAGAUUUGUGACCUUAUCAAAAAAUUCUUACAGGAAAGUUUAGAUGAGUAAUAGUUACUGACACAUGCAUUUUUGUUUUAUUGUUAAAUGUACUCAGUCUUCAGUUAGUGAGAUGUUGCUGGAAAAGAUAAUAGGGCAUAUGAAAUAUAAGUUACAGCAAUAGAUAUUUUAUUUGUAUUUCUUGUCAGUACUUUUUGUGUCACUUAUAAAGGUACAGUAUAUUUUUUGUCACAGUUUAGUUGACAACUGCAUUCCAUUAAAAAGUUGGCCUUGUGAAAUACAACCUUCAUUUAAUAUUCAUGCUUUUGUGCCUUUAAGAAAAUAUUUUUUGUCAUUUUUGUGUUACAGAACUGAAAUGUGAUUCAAAGUGUUUAUAGUUUUGUCAUAAAAGGGUCAUUUCUCUUUGUCUAUUUCUUUAAAAUAUGUAAAGUAUAUUUAAAUAGUAAUGCUGUACUUUUAUAAGAGUUUGUUUACCUAUUUCAAAUAUAUUCUUACUCUAAGACAUUGAAGUAGACUUGUCAGAUUAUUCUGAGCAUUGUAAACAGUGCCUUUUUGAUGGAAUUCACACUGUUUUGGAUGUCAACUUGUGCCAUAUACACAAAACUUUGUAGAAGGCAGUUUUAACUUUUUGAAGAAUAUCUUCAUCAAAUUCAAGAAAAAAAAUGUAAAAAAUUCCAUUUUUCUAUUGUUUAGCAUUUCUAAUGAGCAGUGAAUAGUUUUUUGACAUACAGUGACGAUGGCAUUAUUGAUGAGCCAUACAUGAGACUGCAGAUUAUUUUGAAUUAUGUUAAAUGUACAGAAAUAAAUAACAUUUAUAAAAUUUUGCAAUCUGAACCAAUGGGGAAAUCCCGCAGAAAUGCUAAGUUUACAUUUCAACUUCUAUCUUAUUUGAGUAAGUGUAAAAAAAAAGAAAAAAGGUUCUUUAAAAUGUAUAACCUGCCACUAUUAUGUAAUUUGGUUUCAUUUUGUUGUACCUAUCAUGUGAGUUCAGUAUAAUUUACUUUUUUUACUCUUAGUAUACUAUUUUUGUUACAGUUUUUAACUGAGGAUGGACUGUUAAAAUUACACAGGACCAGUGUCUUAUUAAUAGAAUUAAUGUAUUUUGAAAAGCCACAAGAAACCCAUGACAAAAUGAAUGUGAAUAUACUUUCUAAAACAUUUAGGGAAAAUUUCUUUUCACAUUUAUCAUGUAAUAAUUACUUUAGUAUGACAAAGUUGAAAUUUUUCAUUUAAAGAAAAUUGCCAUGAAACAUUUAAACUGAUGAGCCACAGAACUUGUUGAAAUUUUUUCACUUUUUAGCAUGCUAUACAUUUAAGUUUAAAUAUCCUGUUUAAUGGCCAUUUUUAAAUUCAAGCCCCACCACUGGUUGGUUUUGUAUGAUAGACUGAAAUUAUGUUAUCUGCAGUGUAAGUAUAGCACACUGUCAAUUUUUUUUCCUUAAGGUGCACAGUAAAUGUACAGAUAGUCAUAGGCUACUGUUUUGUAAUGUAUUACAUUUCUAAUCUGUUAUUCCUAACCUGUUAUCAAUGUUUGCAGAGAGAAAACAAUUGAAUUUUUCUAAUGAUCUGUAAAAUUAUGUUAACUUCUACAUGUAGGCAUUCUAAAUAAAAUUUUUAAAAACAGCAAA